AUGACAUCGAUCAAAAGAUAUAUUCCCGUGUUUUGCUUUUUACUACUUGUGACAGAUGUACAAAAUGUGCUAGUCCAUACACUUCUAUGGUUAUUUACAGGCGUUGUAUAGGAUCAUCAGUUCUGGUGUCAAGUGAAUGUGUUUAUAAUCUUUUAAUCCAUGAUUACCAUGGCUGACCAACCAAGUUUAACAAAAUGUAACAAAAAAAACCCAACCGAUUAUAUAAAGUCUUUGCAUGCAUAUGCAUAUCAACAUUCAUCAAUUAUUUUACUAAUUUAUGUCUUUUAUGUCAUGCAAAACUUGAAUAAUACAUGUACCGGUAUAUGAGUUUCCGAGUGGGUGGAUUUUGGAAUUUUCCCCUGUUGACAGUGUUGUUAAAUGUGCUUUGAUUAUUCUGAUGUAUGAAAUAUGUCAUCUAGACCAACUACUCAGGAAUUAGAAGAUAGGUAUAGACCUAUGUUUGAGAAGCAUGGCAGGCAAGGUAUACCUCUACGAGACCUACGCGAGGAGUUGGAGGAGGAGGGUUUAACAGAGAGCAUCGCUCCCGAGCGAUUGGACGAACUUCUCAGACGAGCUGAUGCAGAUGGAGACAAACGAAUCCGGCUAGGAGAGUUUGUUCGAAUGAUGUCUGGAGACAAUGUGAAAGAGCAUGAGAGAAAAAAGAUAGGAGGUCUGCUUGGGGCAGCUAUAGCCAACAUUGUUCCACAAAGUAUGAGGGAGGAUUUCAUGGCAAACUACAACUGCAAACCCCCACCCAUUUUCAUGAUCUUUAUCAGCAUUGUAGAGAUAGUUAUUUUCAUUGUGUAUGCUGAGGAACAGAAGUCCCGAGGUGUGGCUACCACAGCUACUUCCGGAGUUCCUCUUUACAGUCCACUCUUGUAUAAACCUGACAGGCGUUACGAGGCCUGGCGAUUUGUCACCUAUAUGUUCCUGCAUCAAGGAUAUAUCCAUUUAAUUUCCAAUCUUGUCUUCCAACUUCUGCUUGGUCUGCCUUUGGAACUUGUCCAUAAAUUCUGGAGAGUCUUCCUGAUAUAUGUGUUAGGAGUUAUUGCAGGUUCCCUCGCCCACUCUGUGACUGACCACUCUGUGUCCCUGUGUGGGGCCAGUGGGGGGUGCUAUGCUUUGAUUGGUGCUCAUAUUGCAUCUGUUAUAACAAACUGGAAAGAGAUGAACUACAAGUGCUGUGAUGGUUCUUUGAUACGGUUUCUCCUGAGUGCUCCUGUCAGACUAUCAGUAUUUCUAGUGUUAGCAAUUGGUGACACCAGUGUAGCUGUGUAUAGAAGAUUCUUUGAAGAGGGAGCUACAAAAAUUGGUAUCUCUGCCCACAUCGGUGGAAUGAUGGCAGGCUUACUUGUGGGGAUUCCGUUGUUAAAGAAUGUGAAUGUGCUGACCUGGGAGAAAAGGCUUGGUUGGGUCUCCCUUGUUGUCUACCUCCUGUUCACAGCUUUCUGCAUGUUCUUCAAUGGACUCUAUACCGGCUAUCCAGAAACGGACUGGAGUGACUGUUGUCCAGCCUGAGAGAUGGAAGGAUGUUGGAUAUACAAUUCAAGGCUGUUAAUUACAUAUUACCUUUUUUAUUUUAUGGCUGUUAAAUACAUACCUUCUUAUUCAGAAAUCAGAUAUAAUUAAUAUUACUUGUAUAGAUCGGUACAUUAGACUUCCUUUUUUUUUCAAAUUGAAAUCUUUUAUUAUAUUUUUUUUACAAAUGUUGAAGCAUGCAUCGAUUGACACUGUGGUGUUGGUUUUAUAAUUGGUUAAUUGGUUUUUUAAAUCCUUGCUCACAACAAGUGCCUCAAUAUUGCUCAUCAUGUAAAAGGAGUCUAAAAUUAUUGUAUUAUUGAAUUAUUGUACUAAUGUGUACUUCUAUUUGAGAUCUGUGAUGCUUGGCAUAAUAGAAACAAGGGCAGGUGUAGACUUGUAAGUUUCAGUGCCAAUUAAGACAGGAUUUCUUUUUGCUCAAUAUUCAUUAUAAUUUUUUUUUGGGGGGAGGGGGGGGGGGGGCAGAUAAAGUUCAUUUGAAUCAAUUCAAAAGUGUAUAAUUUUACAUACCUUUUGCUGAAAACUUAAUUAUGCCAGUAUUUAAGCUAGGUUUCAACAUGAUACCUUUAUUAUGAGCUCAUAUUUAUUUAUUUUUUAUAAAGAUUUUUGGAAGAAUAAUUACUUUAACCCUGUUCAUGCAGUUCUCUUAUGAAUAUUCCUUUAGCACUCAUGACGUUUUCAAGUUUUGUAUCAUAUUGCCAACCUUGCCUUUUUUUCUUCAUAUCUGAAAUUUCUGACAUGUAAGGGUUAAUUUCAUUUUUAUAACUUUCUUUUUAUUAAGCAUGAGUGAUUAUAUCAUGCACCCUAAUUGACAAGUGAAGAUGCAUGACCAUUUUAUAUUACCUCAAAGUUGAUUAUUAAUAUAUUGCAUGGUUGUUUUAUCAUAAAGCAGGUUAUUUUGAAAUGGCAGAAUGAAACAAUUUUUCAUUAAUCAAUUUAAGGUAUCCGAUCCAUAUUAGGACCAAAUUUUUCCAACCUUGAAUAUCCAUCAUAUAUUUAAGACUUUGAUAUUUAUUUAAAGCAUUUAAGAGUAGAAAAAGAUUCACCGAGAGAAAUUUUCAAAAAUAUUAUUAACUAAGCAGUAAUUAAUUAAUUAAGAUUGCAUUAAGGUCUAUGGAGACGAGCACAUUUUUAAGAUAAAAAUGGAAUUACUUGGAAUAUCAAAAAACGCUUUGGUGGAAAGAUGUAUUUUAUCAUAAGGAUCACAAAAACUAUUGAAAAUAAAUUUUAUACCGUGCAGAAUUUUUUAGAAUUAAUUUUUAUAGAAUAAAAACAAAGGGGGACAACUCUUCAAAAAAAGGAAAAGGUCAUUAAUUGGGACACAUUCCACUCCUACAUGUUGAUACUUAAAUAGGAAAAUUAUGUCCAAAUAUAUUGAGCAUUAGGCCCAUACAUAUCUGUUAUGCACCCAGAUUCAUUGAAUCCGAGGCUAUUAUGGAUCAGAUACCUUAAUUCACCAGUUCUUUUGAUACUUUAUUGUAAAAGUGGUUAUUUACGUGUGGGGUAAAUUUACAUUAGAUUGGCGGUCAGCUAAAAUUAAUCCACAUAAAAUACCCCUACUUGUAUGUUUACAACAAUAUAAAUAAGUGGUAAAUUUAUGCAUAGUGUAUUGUUUGACUUAAAAAAACAUUUACUUAACCUGACCAUCUUAAAUAACCACUUUUACAGUAAUAUUGGCAAUUUCCAAAUUCUUCAUAUUUUUGGUGAUUUGGUAUUGAUCAUAAAAAUUAGCAGAAAUUAGCACAUGGCUGACAAAAUAACUUGCUUCACUUUAUCAGAUACAUAUGUACAUGUUCUGAUUGGUUGUUGAAUGUGUUCUAUUUUACUGUUAGCUAAUAUAUAUUAUUUACUUGUACCGUACAUGAUGUCAUGAUCAAUGAACAUGUGAAAGAUAUACUUUUAUUUUUUAAUUAGCAUUCCUACAUGCAAUUACAAGUUAUCUAAGUCCUGGAACCUCUUUAUACUCAUUUUUUAUAACAUCAUUAUUUUCUACCAAAUGUAAUAAUUUAUUGUUUUUAUUUAGGUUUGAAAAAAUGAAUAAAAUUUUUUACAUUAAA